AUGAGAAAACUCACCUCCGUUGAAGCCAACGCCACGGCACUGCUACAGGUAUUACCGCCCUCGCCGUUGAUAGCAAGAGUGCCAUCUUCAUCCCCAACCAACAAUUAUUAUGGGCAUGGGAUGUUCUUGUUUUCAGCGAUUUCAAUUCUUGACUCAGCUUUCGAUAUAACCACCCUCUCUAUAAUCUUAUGUCUCAUCCUCUUCUCUAGCCUUUCUCUCUCAUUCAUCUUUCAUCUCCAUCUAAAAUCACGUAGAGCGUACCAUUUACAAAACUUCAACUCCCUCUGGUCUGUCCGACUCCUUCUCGUCUCCUUCAUCGCCUUUUGGGCCCUCAACGAAAUCCUUCACCUGCCCUUUUUCUACCAACGAUAUCUGUACCCAUUUUUUCCCUCCUUGACCCUAUCCGAGCAAACCAACAUCUGUAAAAUUCAUGUUGUUCUUUCUCUUGGUUUCUUUGAGCCAGGCUUCUUAAUAUCCCUUCUUUUCCUUGUUGACGUAUCAAUCAAAAAGCGAAGCCCACAAGAUAUGUGGGCAAUGGGAUCAAUCAUCCUUAAUUGUUUGCCUGUUUUCAUGCUUCAAGUGUUCUUCGUGUUUUUUUCGCCUCUAAAAGCUCAAUUACCAGAUGUUUUUCACGUAAGUUAUGUUCUUUCUAUUGACCCUUACAAUAACAAAAUAUUGAUGUGCACGUACCCUUUGUUUAGUAUCAUAGUCUUUGCUGCAUUUGGGAUUGUCUACUCGCUAGGGUUCUUGUUCUCAUAUUGGAAGGUUGUGUCUCUUGUGAUCAACAAAGGCACUAGGGUCAGAAUCCAUGUUCUUGCUUUCUCAGUCCUUGUUGCUUUGCCCAUGCAAGUCCUCUUUCUGGCAUUGUCAUCUUUUUGGAGACCAGAUCACCACACUUAUCGUGGUGCCAUGUUGGGCAUGUUUGUCAGCGUGUCAUUCUGUGCUAUAGUGGGGGAGGGCAUUUUGGUAAUUAAACCAAUCGUUGAUGCAUUAGCUACUGGCGGACAUUGUUUACAGUACAACACCAGUGUUGAGUUGCCACCGGUGCAAGUUGGGAGACGAGAGGUGGUGGAUGUUAAUCGAUAG